AUGAUCCGGAGGGGGGGGUGUCUUGGGUGUAUUAGGACGAAAUUUGUCCGUCUCUCGUACGCGCGCUUUGAGGAGUGGUGGCGCUACGAAAGUGAGUGGUGGUUGGGCGGUGGCGAUGACGAAGUGGCCGCUUGGGUGCCCUCGGGAAGACUCUUAGUCGGGUCCGAGCUUGGGUGGCCGAGAGCCAUCGGGUUCAACCUUGGUGGGUCGGGAGUCGUCGGGUCGAGAACCUCCGGGUCGCGAGGUAGUGGGCCGGAAGCCGUUGGGUCGAGGACCUCUGGGUCGCGGCGUAGUCGGCGGAUCGGGGGAUGCCGGGUGGGGAGCCGGCGGGCCUGGGGAUGCCGGUUCGCGGGAGCCGACGGGGCGGGAGUUGCCGGUUCGGGAGGCGACGGGCCGGGAGCCGGCGGGUCGGGGGAUGCCGGGCCAGGAACCGACGGGCCGGGAGCCGGCGGGUCGAAGGAUGCCAGGUCGGGAGCCGGCGGGCCGGGGGAUGCCGGGCCGGGAACCGACGGGCCGGGAGCCGGCGGGUCGGAGGAUGCCGGGUCGGGAGCCGACGGGCCGGGAGCUGGCGGGUCGGAGGAUGCCGGGUCGGGUUCCGGGUAA